AUGAAGAAAUCAGUGAUUUUUAUGAAUACAUGUCUCCAAGACCGGAGGAGGAGAAAAUGCGGAUGGAGGUGGUGAAUAGGAUCGAGAGCGUGAUCAAGGAGCUCUGGCCCAGCGCUGAUGUCCAGAUAUUUGGAAGUUUUAAAACUGGCCUGUAUUUACCUACUAGUGACAUCGACCUUGUGGUGUUUGGGAAGUGGGAGAACCUACCCCUCUGGACCUUGGAAGAAGCUCUUCGGAAACAUAAAGUUGCAGAUGAGGAUUCAGUGAAAGUUCUAGACAAAGCAACCGUACCCAUUAUUAAAUUAACAGAUUCUUUUACUGAAGUGAAAGUUGAUAUCAGCUUUAAUGUACAGAAUGGUGUGAGAGCAGCUGACCUCAUCAAAGAUUUUACCAAGAAAUAUCCUGUAUUACCAUAUUUGGUUUUAGUAUUGAAACAAUUCUUACUACAGAGGGACCUUAAUGAAGUAUUUACAGGUGGAAUUGGUUCUUAUAGUCUCUUUUUAAUGGCAGUCAGUUUCCUUCAGUUACAUCCCAGGGAAGAUGCUUGCAUCCCCAAUACAAACUAUGGUGUUCUCUUAAUAGAAUUUUUUGAAUUAUAUGGAAGACAUUUCAAUUAUUUAAAGACUGGCAUCCGGAUAAAGGAUGGUGGUUCCUAUGUGGCCAAAGAUGAAGUACAGAAAAACAUGCUGGAUGGCUACAGGCCAUCGAUGCUUUACAUCGAAGAUCCUUUACAACCAGGCAAUGACGUUGGAAGGAGUUCCUACGGGGCCAUGCAGGUGAAGCAGGCCUUCGAUUAUGCCUACGUUGUUUUGAGUCAUGCUGUGUCGCCAAUAGCCAAGUACUAUCCCAACAAUGAAACAGAGAGCAUAUUAGGUAGAAUAAUUAGAGUAACGGACGAAGUUGCCACGUAUAGAGAUUGGAUAUCAAAACAGUGGGGCUUGCAGAGCAGACCUGAGCCCUCAUGCAAUGGUCCAGUGUCUUCCUCCUCUGCCACACAGUCCAGCUCUAGCGAUGUCGAUUCCGAUGCGACACCAUGCAAAACCCCGAAACAGCUGCUUUGCCGUCCAUCUACUGGGAACCGAGUGGGGUCACAAGAUGUGUCCUUGGAGUCAUCUCAGGCAGUUGGGAAAAUGCAGAGCACCCAAACCACUAACACAUCCAAUAGCACCAACAAAUCUCAGCAUGGAUCAGCAAGGCUCUUCCGUUCUUCCAGCAAAGGCUUCCAAGGUACAACUCAAACAAGCCAUGGUUCCUUGAUGACAAACAAACAGCAUCAAGGCAGAUCAAGUAAUCAGUAUCACCAUGGCAAAAAGAGGAAACACAAGAGGGACGGCCCCCUCUCAGACCUCUGCAGAUAGUCGGCGUCGCGCUGGGCUGUCUUCUGUGUGCAGUGAUCUCAUGCUCAGGACAGUCGCAUAGGGACUCCUGGGACACAUCCGGAGCCUUACACUGUUCAGACAUUGAUUUAGCAACUGCGUUUUUUCCCAGCUCGCCACGGAAUGGAUCAUGAAGACUGACAACUGCAAAAACAAAAAGCAAGCAAAAAAGGGGGAAAAAAAAAGGCUGCUCAUUUGAUAAGUCAUACAUAUGCCUCAACAGGGUCAUUUUAAGAUUUAAAGCUUGAAUGUAAAAUAAUUAUAUUUCUCAUUGGCUUUAUGCAGAGUUAUAGAGAAAUAGUAUUCAGUGUGGAUAGGAUGAUAGAAACAAAAGUAAUUUCAGAGGAUGGGGUGGGAAGGAAAACCAAGGUAUCUUAUAGGAAGCCCAGAUUCCAAGGGGGAAAGUGAUCUGUGCAUGUUUUUUUUUUUUUUUAAUAUUUUUGCAUAUAUUUACCAUUUUAUUGUGUGUAUAUAUAGAAGAGCAUAUAGGAAAUUGAUAUUUGUAAUAGUGGAUUUGUUAAUACUUUUUACAUAACAUUACUGUUUAAAUUGUAAACAGAUUUUUCUCAGGAUUAGUUUAAACAAAACUGAAUUGUCAUCUUAACAUCCAUAUGUAGGGAAGUGAUUAGUUCUAUUACUCAGUUUGUUUUCCUCAGCAUAGAACCCUUGUGACCUGCUGCAAAAAUUUUUCCUCUCUAAAGAAAAGGUUUAUGGUGGCAAAUGACGUUUAUUUUAUUUUGUAAAAAAAAAAAAUGUACGAUGUACUUUUGUGUAAACACUGAAAAACACGUAGUCAUCUCUAAGAAUGAACGUGCAACUGUUCUCUCUAGUGCUGUCGUCUUGGGCGGUGACACGGCUCUGUGUUUCCUUCGCAGUCCCCCGCCCCGGUAGGGAAGAGGCCCCGCGUCUGGCCCCACUCCCGGGGCGGUGACGCCUCGAGUCCCCAGACUUUGCAUGCUGCUCCUCUCACCCUGUGCUGCGUGUGCUGGCUCCUCAUCUUCUGUUCUUUUUUAAAUUCACGCUUAACUCCUUGCGGGAGAGAACUGUAAACAGCUUUAAUUAAAUCACACUUAUAAAAAACUAUUUUCUUAUACUCCACUUUAUGCUUUUGGUAUUGUUGAUCUUUAAAAAUUAAAUGGUCUUUGAUAAUGGAUCUAUUUUGUAUUGCCUUAUUAAGACCAAAUACUUCUUGUCAUCCCAUUCUUUAUCCUUUCCUUUCAUGGAAUUGUUAUCUUUAAUUAAAACUUUUUUAAACAUUGACUUGUUUCAAUCAUACUGUAAAUUUUGGUUGUGGUCAGCUUUGAGUGCAAAUGAGCUGUAUAAUUUUGUUAUUCAUCACAUGUUGAGUUUGAAACUCACCUGGGAAUAUUUAAUCGAAUAGAAUGUAAGUGACAUUUCUGAAAAUGCUUUCUUCCAAAGUGAAAGCUCUUAUGUUUAGCAUCAGUGUGUGUGGCUCUGUUAAAUACAGCCAUUUCGGAGAUGAGAUUCUUUUAUAUAUAUACAUAUAAAGUACUAUUGGCUUUUAGGAAUUUCUUUUAUAUACAUUUAUGAAAUACUGAAGACCAAUCAGACCAUAAUGGACACUUAGUGCAACUUUUUAUAAAGAAAAUAAUGCUAAAGUAAGACCAAAACUGAUGUCAUCACUGAAAUCAACAAUUUUCAAUGUGUUCGUAUUUUAAUUCACAAUGGAAAAAUGUGUUCCAAAACUGGAAACUCAUAAUACUUGUGUAAAUGGUGGACGAUUUUAAAUGUGAUAUUAUUUUGACAAUGUUUUAAAUUUUAGAGUCACAUUUUAUUCUGAUCAGAAUUUUUAUCAAGAUGUUGAGCUUUUGUUUUUUGAAACUAGUUUGUCAUAACAUAUUGUGCAUAAUCACAGUAUUUAUUUUCUAGGACUAUUGUGAAUGUGUAGACUUAUGUUUACUGCUAUGGGAACAAUUAUUUAUAAAAUAAUAUUAAAUCCAGUAUUAGCUGCCUACUUCAGACACUUAAUACUUGCCGAGAUCCAUGUUACAUUAACCACACUGAAGUUUUUUUUUUAAAGAAUCACCCUCAUUGUUGAAAGUAAAUGUACUCUUAGGGUGCGGAUAUUAGUGUUCCAAUAAGCAUGUGAUUAUAUUAAGGUGGUGGUAGCGGGAAGAUAAUCUUGAUUCCAUUGGGAAUCUUAGGUUUUCGUAAAUUUAUUGGGAAAAUAGUUUUUCCUGUACUGCUGAAGUUUCUUUUUGGUAAACAGUAUCUUUCUAAAAGAAAAAGCAUGAAGGAGAAAAUUGAGGUGUGUACAUUUCCUCAAAUUACCAGCAUUGUAUUCGUGAAUACUGUGUAUCUUGCAAUGAACAGUGUGGAAGCUGUUCAUUUUUCAAUCUGAAGUAAAAUACUUU